CGCCCCGCAACGCGGCGCGCAAAGGCGCCGUGCACGUACACGAUGGACUGCCGCCGCUCCGGCACCGACGGCCCGACCGACUCCACCCUGAGCCGGGUGCCUGCUCGGCAGCGUGUGGUAGGUGCACGGUGGGCGGCGGCGGGAACGGAGCCGCGGCUGGAGUGAAGGGCGAGCCGCCGCCGCCGCACCACCACCACCAGCGACGAUUGUUCGCGGCUCGCCCCCGCCGCCAGGCGCCGGAUCGGCAGUGAGCCACACGGGCCGCCGACAGCCCCCCCCCCUCCUUUCAUGACGGUCGCUCUCGCUGUCGGCCGAUGAACCCUCGCCGCCACCGCACCAGCGACACCAGCGACACCGGCCGCGGCUCGCCUCCACGCGCCGGCUCGGAAGAGGGGCUGUCGGCGGCGCAGCAGAGCGGCUCGCCUCGGCGCUCGAGCCGCCGACAGCCCCACUCCUCGACGUGACGGCCGCUCCCGGAGCCAGCCGGUGCGCGCCCGACCCACGCCCCCUCUCGCACCCCUCCGACCCCCCCUGCGCGGCGCACCUAUCCGCUGUGCGCCGGCUCGAACGCCUAUCGCCAAAUCGCGACGUUUGAGCGCAGCGCACGAGUCCCACACGUCACGCGCGCGCAGGAGAGCUUGCGGCGGUGCUGUAGCGUGUACUCGCCGAGGGCAUCGCGCCGAAAACCCCGCGCGUUCCGCCCCAGCAGAGGCUGCAGCCGAUGCGACAAAAACACCACUGUAAAACGGUGAGUACUUGGGGUUGAG